UGGCAGAACCGUUGAUAGUCGGCUGGCGGCAUUCAAAUGGUGAAGAAGAGUGAUAAUUUACUUCAGCAAAAUAGCUGAGAUUUGAAUUUGUUCGUGUGUUUCAGAGUUAUCAGUGACAGAGAAAAGUUUCUAAACCAACUCAAAUAGGGUCAUUAAUCAAACCUAGUGAAUAUGAUAUCGUACGUAGUUAUAGCAUCGCUGCUGAUGUGUGCGGCAGCGAAACCACAGAAUCAGUUUGGUGCCAGGACUUUUAACCAGCAGAAUACGGCGUUUAACCGAAAUCUGCAGGUUCAACCACUUCAACAACCGCAACAACAACCGCACCAUCAACAACAGCGGCAUCAUUCGCAGCAACAACAGCAUCAUCAGGUCCAACAGCAGCAGCACCAGCAAUUCAAUCAACAUCAUCGACAGUCGCAGGUCUUAAGGGCUCCGCUUCAAGGUCAUCAGCAACCACAGGCGCAAUUCAGUCAGCGAUUGCAGCAACCAUUCCCAAGCCCUCCAAGACCCUUCGUACCGAUUACCUCCUACAACAACGACGUAUCUUACGAUGGGUCCUACUCGUACGGCUACACGACAGGUGACGGUCAGCAGCAGCAAGCUCAAGGCUAUCUGAAGAACCCCGGCCUUAAAGACCUGGAAGCCCAAGCAGUGCAGGGCUCGUACUCGUACACCUCCCCCGAGGGUCAGCUCAUUACGGUGACAUACAUUGCUGACGAAAAUGGCUUCAGGGCAGAAGGCGCUCAUCUGCCGACGCCACCUCCGAUCCCCGAGGCGAUUCAGAAAUCCCUGGCCCUGAUUGCGGCAACUCAACCAGUCUCGCAGAAGUUCAGCCAAGCCUACAGCCAGCAGCCAACGUUUGGAACCAAUCAGAACUUUAACCGCUAUGGCUAGUUGGAACGAAGAUUUAGAGCAUCGAACAGAAUGGAUUGAUGGAAUGCGUGACCUAUUGCGAUACAUGUUACAACACUAACUCCCGUGGUAGUUACCGAGAUCUAGCAACGAACUUUUCAACCAAUUGUAGAGUAAUAACAUCAACAGCAGCAGCUGUAGCAAGAACUCAACGGAGUGUGAAUAUCUUCCGCAGCAACGAUACCAAUGUUAAUUUCUAGUAAAGCAGAUACGACUGUUAAAGAGUUAGCCAAUUUGUUAUUCAAUUUUACUUUGCAAUAUUUGUUUCCUCCGUAUUGUACAUAAAUCCCGAAGAAAUCUUUUCAGCUGUGUGAAAAGAUCUCAUUAUGUUAAGCGCAAAAACGAAUUAAAUUACUAAUUCAACUGGAA